UCGCGGGAAGUUGACGUCUCCGGGGCCUCCGGCUCUGCGAUCCCCGCGGUGAGCAUGUGGGUCUGCGCGCUGUGGGAGGCGCGGACCCCGGCCCUGCUGCGGCCGAGGCUGCUCCCUGCCUCGGGCUGCCGCCCGCCCGCUGCCGCCUCCUGCUCCGCGUCUGCCGAGGGCUCCCGGGUCCGGGCGCUGGUCUACGGCCACCACGGGCACCCGGCCAAGGUCGUCGAACUGAAGAACCUGGAGCUAGCUGCCGUGGGCAGAUCAGAUGUCCAUGUGAAGAUGCUGGCGGCCCCUAUCAAUCCAUCUGACAUAAAUAUGAUCCAAGGUAAUUACGGCCUCCUUCCCCAGCUGCCUGCUGUCGGAGGGAACGAAGGUGUCGGACAGGUGGUAGCAGUGGGCAGCAACGUGACUGGGGUGAAGCCAGGAGACUGGGUGAUUCCAGCAACUGCUGGUUUGGGAACCUGGCGGACCGAGGCCGUGUUCAGCGAGGAAGCACUGAUCGGAGUUCCAAGUGACAUCCCCCUUCAGAGUGCGGCCACCCUGGGUGUCAAUCCCUGCACGGCCUACAGGAUGCUGAAGGACUUUGAGCAGCUGCAGCCAGGAGAUUCUGUCAUCCAGAAUGCAUCCAACAGUGGCGUGGGGCAAGCAGUCAUCCAGAUCGCCGCAGCCCUGGGCCUGAGGACCAUCAAUGUGGUCCGAGACAGACCUGACCUCCAGAAGCUGACCGACAGACUGAAGAACCUGGGGGCCGAGCAUGUGAUCACAGAAGAGGAGCUGAGGACACAUGAGAUGAAAAACGUCUUUAAGGACAUGCCUCAGCCACGGCUCGCUCUCAACUGUGUCGGCGGGAAAAGCUCCACAGAGCUGCUGCGGCACUUAGCACCUGGAGGAACCAUGGUGACCUAUGGAGGGAUGGCCAAGCAGCCUGUCAUCGCUUCUGUGAGCCAGCUCAUUUUUAAGGAUCUCAAACUUCGGGGCUUUUGGUUGUCCCAGUGGAAGAAGGACCAUAGUCCAGGCCCUGCUGCUGCUGCACCCUUGUCUGACUUCCUCCAACCUCCCGCAGACCAGUUCAAGGAGCUGAUCCUCACUCUGUGCGAUCUCAUCCGCCGAGGCCAGCUCGCGGCUCCCGCCUGCUCCGAGGUCCCGCUGCAGGACUACCAGUGUGCCUUGGAAACCUCCAUGCAGCCCUUCUUGUCUUCAAAACAGAUUCUCACCAUGUGAUAAUCCCAGAGGAGCCAGGGCAAGUGGGAAGGGAUGUGGAUCAACAGGACUGGUUUGGGCCCCUUAGUGUGGGCCCUCAACCUUCCUGGCUGCCCCUCUCCUCACUGCCACUUCCCACGAGGAGAGCUGUGAAGCCAGCCCAGGCUUUCCCCAGGGCCGGCCUCAGGGUAUCUAAUAAAGUCUGAACUUCCUGAAAACAAACAAACAAGACCCAUAGAGUCAUCCCUGUGGGGAAGGACCAUCCCUGCGCCUGCCACUUCCCAGGACUUAGCAGCUCCUGCUGCCCGGCCUCCAUUUGUGCCCCAGCGAUCAUUUCCUGACACCCUGAAAGCAACGCCAGGGUGGGCCUGGCAGGUACAAAAGCCAGUGACAUGCAGUCUCUGCCCUCGAGCUGUCCAAGCCCACAGAGGAGAACCUUCUAAAAGGGAAGGUCCACUCAGCCUCAGUGGUGCGUGGCUCAGGCUGGGGCAGGGGGAGUGGAUGCCAGCCUGAGGAACAGGAAAUGUGGGCUUAGGCAGCUGGACCACCCUCACGGAAAGUCCUUUCUAACUGGGGAGCAAGGUGUUAGUUCCACCUGUGGUUCUCAACCUGCAGUCAUCUUGCCUCCAGGGGACUUUUGAUAAUUACCUGGAGACAUUGUCACAAUUGAGAGGGUGCUGCCUGCACCUAGUGAGAAGUCAGUGAUGCUGCUAAAAACCAUCCUGCAGUGCACAGAACAGCCUCCCCCAACUACGGUUAUCCCGUCCAGCCCUGGCCGGUUUGGCUCAGUGGAUAGAGCCUUGGCCUGUGGACUGAAGGGCCCCAGGUUCGAUUCCAGUCCAGGGUAUAUACCUCGGUUACAGGCUCCUCCCUGGCCCGGGCCUUGGACAGGGCUCAUGCAGGAGGCAACCAAUCGAUGUGUUUCUCUCACAUUGAUGUUUCUUGCUGUCUUUCUCUCUUCCACUUUCUCUAAAAAGCGAUGGGAAAAUAAAUAUCCUCAGGUGAAGAUUGAAAAAAAAAGAA